CCAGGCGGGCGGCAGGGAAAGCCCCAUGGGGUGGGCCAGGGAGGGAGGCAGCCGCCCCGUGACUAACCCCCCUCCCUUCCCUCUGCAGCCCGCCCCACCCCGGCCUCCCCAGCGGCGCGCCUGCGGCGGGGAGAGCUGGCGCUGCGCCUUUGCGCACGGGCGCAUCUCCCCGCGGGAGGGCUGGGGGUGGCAGCCCGGGAGCGCUGGGAGCCGGGGGGCUCCAGCCCCUUCUCCCACCGCCACGUGACGGGGCUGGGCCCGAGGAGACGCCCACCGCGGUGGGUGAGAGGGAGGGGAGGAAGGGGACCGGGACACCUGCCCGUGGCAGCAGCCGGCAGAGCAGCCGCGCUCCCUCCCGGCCGCUCCCACCUCUCCGGAGCCCCGCUGCGCCCGCCGGGGCUGGAUGUGCCGCGGGAGCCGGGCGCGGAGGCGGCCUUGGGUGUCACGAGCGGCUCCGGCCUCAGCAGCAGCUCCACGUGGGCGGCCCCGUCGCAGUCAGGAUCCCAGCUGACAGCGGCUGGGGAGGGGGGUGAGGAACUGCACCGGAGCGGCCGCCGCCUCUUCCCAUGGACCUGUCCGGGUGCCAGCCCUCGCCGCCGCUUGGAUGCUGAUGUGAGGCAGCCCAGGGGGGUGUCCUGAGCUCCCUCGCUGCCUCCCCCCCCCCACCCCAGCCCCCCCAGAUGCAUUCGCUGCUGGAUCGCAAGAAGAAAGCAGGCGGCUGCGUGGAUGCUGGGCUGGAGCUGCCGGCUGCAGGUUCCCUUCCCCAGCCUCAGAGGAUGUUCAGCUGCGUGGGCUGCUUCUGGGUCCUCCUAUCCUCCUGCCUGGUGGCCGUCUGCAGCUUCAGCUUCCUCUCGCCUGCCUGGAUCGUGAAGGAGCAUCACCUCCAAGCCCACGGCGGGGUCAGCUUCGGCUUGCUGUGGCACUGCUCCGAGACGCUGGAGCAGAUGUACAGCUGCUACACCUUCGGGGGCCUGGGCAAGUUCCACGAGAUCCCCUCCAGCGCCUGGCAGACGAGUGCAGUGCUGUGCUCUGGAGGCUGUGGUCUCUUGGCCAUCAGCUGCCUGCUGGCGAUCAUCGCUAUAUUCCUGCCCAGCGGGCUCUGUGAGAGACGAGUGUGCACCCUGGCUGGCUACAUGCAGACAGCAGCGGUAUUCAUCAUGGCAUCUGGACUUUUGGUUUAUCCUUUCGGCCUCACCUCUGCUACAGUGAAGAAAUUCUGUGAGAAUUCAAGCAUAUACAAUGCAGGAGACUGCCAGAUUGGAUGGGGGUACAUGUUGGCAAUUGUUGGAGUCAUGUUAUCUGUCUUUUUACCAUUCUUUGCAAAAUAUGCACCAAAAGAGUACAUAUCUCCAACUCCAAUACCUACUAUUUUAUAGUAUUUUAUUAGUAUUUAACAGCAAAACAUUCCUGUUAAUCAAUGGGCAGAAAGUAUUAUAGCACUUCCUUUUAGCUGUAUGGCUAAAAAAAAAAAAAGAGAGAGAGAGGGAGAUAGAGGG